GAGGAGUAAACAAAAUUAAGUAUGCGUUAAACAUCACGAUUUAACGUGCUUUUUUAAGAAUAAAAUCAUCUAGUAGAACUAGUAGUGUUCUGAUCAAUCGCUUGUGUUAUGAGCAGGCGUGUGUGAAGUAUAUCUUAAAUUAACUCCCUACAGUUAAAACAAAAGUUUCAGAUUAUAUCAACCAUGGACCAGAAAGCCUCCUUCGUCCUCGCUGUGGUCUUCUGCUUCUGUCUCUUCGUCGUCCAUGCAGAAGCGUUCGACUGUUACUCGUGUUCCUACACCAUAUCCGGCGAUCCCUCAGUCGAUUACGUAUGCGCAAACGACUCCAAGGCGGCAUCAAAGGCUCUUCUUCCUUGCCAGACGCCCAACCAGUGCUACACAAAAGCGGUCUUCAACCUAGAAAGGACCCAAGUGCGUUCUGUCUACCGCUCAUGUUAUCCACCCCAGGAAUUGUGUACCGGGGCAAACUGCUGCGCGAUGGAAGGGGUUUACCCAGCGUGUGAACAGAAGUGUCGCACUGAACUGUGUAACUCGCUAAACGUGGAAUCAUGGCUUCUAGAGCCGACAACCAAAUCUCCCAAGGGUGCGGCAUCUUCCUUCAAAACCAACUCGUGGUUGAUUAUGUGCUCAGUUUCGCUGUAUUUGAGAUUGUUGUAAUUCACAUUUUGUUGAAUUCGAAAAUGACAGUAUAUAAAAUAGUUUUAAUUAAAGAAAUAUACCCCGUCAUCACUAUAAAACGAUGUAUUGUUUUUUUAAAGUGACACUCUUAUUCAAAAUCAAUACAUAAACAUGUAUAACAAACAUCAAUUUUGACUGAUAAACCUUUAACUACUUAGUAAAUAAUGCAUUUAUGGAAAUUAUUAAUUACUGCUAACAAGAUUGUAACCGUGUAUUUAAUAGCAGAAAGCUCAAAAAUAUUAAAUGAUUAGUGAACGCUAAAAUAUUUACUGUGGUUAACUAUAGUCUCAUAAGGUUGAUAUACCGUGUUUAAUGCUCAUUUCUUUCAAAUUUAACUCGGUAUCCUUCAUAAAAACAAUUGUUUUUGACAUUUGUUCAUCCUUUCUGGAAUAUUAAAACAAUAGUAUUUGUUGUGGUAAAUCUUAUCUGUGAGUAAGAGCGCAUCUUUAAGGGAAAAUGUCUAGUGUGACGUGUAUGUUGAAUAAGUUCAAAGACACAUUGUAAUAUAACGAUUGCAUUGUCAUAAUAUAAAGUUUCUAGUGUUUUGUGUUCAUUUUCAUUUAUUUUUUAAUUUGUGUUUUGAUACAAAUAAUAUGAAAUGCAUAAUGAAUAAUUACAAGUGAUUAUUAAACUGAAGAAAAAAACA